AAGCCAACCAGAUCAGGGCCCCACUAUGCUAGGCACUGUACAAAUACAUUGUAAGAGACAGUACCUACCUAAGGUUUAACCAUAAAAGAUGAAUAAAUCUUGGGAGGGGAAUAGAGGCACAGAGACAUGAAGUGACUUGCUCAAGGUUACAUAGCAGAGCCAAGAAUACAGUCCAGUCCACUGCCAUAGCAACAACCUCUUCAGAACACAAUGCUUGAAAUGUUAUGGUCAGACGAAGGAUUUAAAUCAUGCGUUAAGCAUAAAACUCAGUACAGCCUUAACUAUGGAACCACUGGGAUGCCUCCAUAAUUUAAAGCUUUCCAAGUAGCGGUAUAGUGAGAUGACUGCACGAGCCUCCAAUUUAUCCAUACGGAGCAGCCCGGUAGAAACAAAACACAUGAAUCCAGCCAGAGACAAGUGGGAAAAUGUCACUGACUUAAGCAAAUUGUCAACCUGGAGAUUUUGCUGUUUCAGUUCCAUUUUCCCCAGACUUGGUUUAAGCAUAAAUCUUUUUACAGGCUAAUUCUUAGCAAAGUAAGAGUAAGUAUGAAAUGAACAGCCUGAACUUCAAUGAGAAAUCAUCUAGUGGAUAAGGUUAACCCCCUAAAAAUAUGGGGAUAAUUUCCAUCUGAUACAUUUAGAGUCAUUUGGGCUUGGUCACCCAAUAAUCUAAUUUGUAUUUUUUUAAUCGCUAUCCUGGAUUUAAUACAAAUGUGAUAUAUCCUGGUGUGUGUGUGUGUGUGUGUGUGUGUAUAAACACACACACACACACACACAUAAAAGCAAUGUACAAUAUAUUUUUACUUUUUUUUUGCCUACUGAGUAGGUGCAGAGGAAAGUCUGAGAUAUGUGAUGAAUGAGUGAUUAAUCUUGUUGAGUUAGGGAUAAGUAUGUACUAGGCAGCAGAGGUAGAGCUUUGGCUGGUGCCAAUUGCUCUUUUCUUGGGCUCAGCCUAAACACCAGGCCACUAGAAUACUGGGAUGAGAAGAAAAAAGAAAACAGUUUAGUACACAGAAUCUGAUUCUUCCAAAGAAAACAGAACUUUACUUGAGGGAGAAGAAAGGCCAGGUUCCCUUUCUCUUAACUUCUUUCAUUUUCCUUUUCCUUCUUGCCCUGAGCUCCAAUAUGCCAAAGCAUUUAAGCAUGAGAGUGGGUCCAUUGCAACCAAUGGAACUAUUCACAUGCAUAAUUUUGUUCACAUCCUAGGAGCUUUGCUGUUGUUGUGGGAACUUCCCUGUUUCCACCUAAAAAAGUUAAUAAAAUACAGUUUAAUACAUACUUAUUAAUUACCUUCCCUAAUAUUACUUUCUCCCACCACACAUAAACAAUUGCUUUAAAUUGCUGGUAGAAUGGUAUCAAGAAUAAAGCGAAGCUGGUGCAUACAAUUAUGAACGUGAAAGGAGCUGGUUCAUGAGAUAAUCUCCCUAUUAAGAUGUAGUCUGUGCUGUGAAAGCAUUUGUAAGACCCAUGACCUACAAAAUCAUCAACCCCACCAUUAACUUAAACUAAAAACAGGAUAAGAAUAAUCCAAGAGUAAUUAGGAUUAAUCCUGCAGUGAGACCAUAGGAAGCCAGAAAGAAGCCAAUUAGAAACAGCUGAAAAACUGUCAAAUUAGGAAAGGUAGAAGGUCAAAGAAAAAUAUGAGUAAUUUUGAAAGAAUAGAUCUUACUUGUAUGGAAUUCUUUGCAUCAGACUUAGGCCUGGUCUACACUAUGACUUUAAUUCGGAUUUAGCAGCGUUAAAUCGAAUUAACCCUGCACCCGUCCACACAACGAAGCCAUUUAUUUCGAAAUAAAGGGCUCUUUAAAUCGAUUUCUGUACUCCACCCCGACGAGCGGAGUAGCGCCAAAAUCGAUAUUGUCAUUUCGAAUUAGGGUUAGCGUGGCCGCAAUUCGAUGGUAUUGGCCUCCAGGAGCUGUCCCACAAUGCACCAUUGUGACCGCUCUGGACAGCAAUCUGAACUCGGAUGCACUGGCCAGGUAGACAGGAAAAGCCCCACGAACAUUUGAAUUUCAUUUCCUGUUUGCCCAGCGUGGAGAGCACAGGUGAUCACAGAUAGCUCAGCUCAUCAGCACAGGUAACCAUGCAGGCCGAUAAUCGAAAAAGAGCACCAGCAUGGACCGUACGGGAGGUACUGGAUCUGAUCGCUAUAUGGGGAGAGGAUUCAGUGCUAGCAGAACUUCGUUCGAAAAGACGAAAUGCCAAAACUUUUGAAAAAAUCUCCAAGGGCAUGAUGGAGAGAGGCCACAAUAGGGACUCAUAUCAGUGCCGCGUGAAAGUCAAGGAGCUCAGACAAGCCUAUCAAAAAACAAAGGAGGCAAAUGGUCGCUCCGGGUCAGAGCCGCGGAUAUGCCGCUUCUACGCCGAGCUGCAUGCAGUUCUAGGGGGGGGCCGCCACCACUACCCCACCUCUGACCAUGGAUUCCGAGGCGGGGAUAAUCUCAUCAGCUACACCUGAGGAUUCUGCGGACGGGGAAGAGGAGGAGGAGGAGGAGGAGGAGGAGCUUGCGGAGAGCACCCAGCACUCCGUUCUCCCCAACAGCCAGGAUCUUUUCCUCAGCCUGACUGAAGUACCCUCCCAACACUCCCAAGCCAAUAUCCAAGACCAUGACCCCAUGGAAGGGACCUCAGGGUUUUUCUGCAAAUUUUUCAAGCCUCCAUCCCCAAGAAUAUCUCAGAUAAGGCGGCGGAGAAAGAGGACGCGAGACGAGAUGUUCACGGAAAUAAUGGAAUGCACCCGCAAUGAAAGAGCUCAUUUGAAUGAGUGGAAGGACACGGUAUCUAAAUUUAGGAAAGAUGCCAGUGAACGUGAGGUCAUGAGGGAUGCUCGAGAUGAGAGGUGGCAGGCUGCAACGCUGGGGCCGCUGCAUGAUCAAACGGACAUGCUCCGGCAUCUGGUGGAGCUUCAGGAACGGCAGCAGGAUAAUAGACUGCCGCUGCAGCCGCUGUAUAACCUCCCUCCUCCCUCACCAUGUUCCAUAUCCUCCUCACCCAGACGUGUAAGAACGCGGGGGAGGAGGGGCUCCGUGCACCCUCCCACUCCACCCCAGUGGAUAGCCCAACCAAAAGGCUGUCAUUAUAUUGAAUUUUUUCAGUGGCCUUUUACUUCCCUCCUAUCCUCCUCCCAAACCUCACCAAGAUUACCUUGUCGGUUCUCUCCCUAUGUUUAUAAUCAAUUAAUAAAGAAUACAUGAU